AUGGCCGAUAAAAAGACUACCUACGCCAAGAAAGCUCAUCCCGAAGACAAAAGCGAAAAGGAGAUUAUUAUUGAAGGUGGAACCCCAGGGCAUCCAUCGUUGACCAUCCAUAUUAGCUCCUUCGAUCUCCAGUGUAGUGGUACGCUGGCGGAGAUUCAGACUGCUCUGGCUUUGCAAAACCGGAUGAACUCUCCCUUGAACCUUGUAAACUCCGCUAUGGCUUCUUCUUCGAACACGAACGAACCGAAAGAUCCCAGAUCUUCUGGUAGACGUGGCCCGCAGUGGAACAACUGCAAGGCUGGUCCGGGCUUUCAUCAAGAGAACAGACGAAUCUAUAAGAUUAACGGCAAACUGUCUGAAGAGCUUGCCAAGGGUACGCCCAAUCCCUGCAUCUUCAACCGCCCGGUAAAGGUUGGAAAGGGAAACCAGAACAACCGAAAUUAUGUGAAGUUUGUGGGAGACGUUACUGGUGCUGUGGAACCUAACAUGGACGGCGUUGAAUGGAUUGAUCCUGACAUUGAGCCUUCUACAUCUCAGGAACCACCGAGCGAGAUUCUGGGCACUCAAUUCAAUGGCAUCGAAAUUGAGUAUGAAGAGGCACCAACCACAGAUACUAAGAGAGGAUGA